CUACUGCUGCUUUGCAUGACCUCCAACCAUACAAUCCAAGGCGACAUGGGCGGAACAAGGCAUGCAUAGGGAAGGUGGGUAAUUUUUGAGCCAGCAUGCAGCCCCGUUGUCUUCCCGUGGCCAAAGCUGCACAUGGGGAAACCGCUGUCUGGGCUGUCGUUGGCGGCCGGAUGGCAGACGUCGACGACGAUUUGGGACAAAGCUGCUACUGCUCUUGUAUCGAGUGCCAUCUCCGUUGACCAGUUUCAUCCAAAGUAUGUGCACUCCCACCCUUAAAACCCGACAGAUGGUCACGAAUGGCCCGUAUCGAGUAACGAUGUUCGAGACAGCAUAAGCAUAGGCGCAUGACGGGCUCUUCCAGGGCUGGCCACGCGAUUGGCGAGCUAAAAGACUGGGAGCACUCGAAAUCAAGGGCUCGAGUUCGCUCUAUACUCAGUCCAGCGUUUUGCUCCUAUGACAGGACAGCCAUUGAGCACAAGAGCCGACUAAAGGCACCGUUUCCGUCGUGUUGCGGAAGACGUUGGCGCUCGCCUUGCCUUUCGAGGUUAAGACGCUUGACUGACGGCGAUUUACAGUGCAAAGCCUGCAUAAAAAGUAAAGCUCUACGAAAAGGCUGAUCAAAAGUUGGACGGCGUAAGCGCGAGGCCCUUGGACGGACGUAUUUUUUCUCAAUGUGGCCCAGCUGCAUGAAUUUCCUACGCAACGCCACAGCCAGGCCAUAUCUAGCCAGUUUGCCUUUAGCCUUCUGGGUCUGAAGCUUUGGAGUAGCUAAAUUGCUCGGUUCACUGUGACUGAUGCUUUCGAUCCUUGGAGUGCGCCUCAAACUUGUCUGCCAGCCGCUCCAUAAUUCAAUUUCUUCAUAAUCCCAAGGCCUGCCGAUCUUUGCCCCGAUUCUUGACCGAUACGUAUACAUUGUUGUCCACUCUGUGGCUCAACUAAGAUUUGCGGAGCGUACGACGAGACCAAACAGCCUGCCUGCAUCGGCGCUUGGCUAGCACGAUACAGGACUUUUUAAUCCUGUGCGCUUCUCCCACAGAUCCUUACCGAAUUGCGAAUCGAUCGACCGUGACCUGUUCACAACCCAUACUAUUCGCUUCUAAUUACGCAAGUUGCCCACCACCUCGUGGCCUGAGCCGUCCCAAGAUCUUCUUUGACCACGCGAGACUACGCCCAGCAAGAUCAUCAAUGCAGCUCCAAUCCGCCCGCUAGAUUCAGUAGCACUUCCCAGGACCAGCACAGCCAUCUGUGCUUCGACUGGAGCAAAAGCCACGCUUCCGCAGUUCCUGACAAAGCUAGCCCAAACACUUCAACUGGGCCUUGACUUUUCUUACCAGUUGACCCGCUUCAUUUGAAGAUCAACGCCGCCCUCAACCUUAAAGUGGCACGUCAGUUCAUGUAAUCCUUCCCCCUUCCCUUAAAUCUUCACCAUCAUCGUCUGCUUUUUUUUCUUUUCUGGCCGCGCCUUUCCUCAAUUCAUGCUCUGUAUCCGAGGAUUGAUUGUGGUAUAAUGAGAAUUUGGCAUCUCGAUGGGUGCUUCAGAUCCAAUGUUGCUCACUCUCCCACGUCCAGUUAACACAGAUCUCGGUUUCAAGCACGCCCAUGAUUUCAUACCGCCACCACCCAUCUCAACUAGAAGACCGUCCGUUAAGGCAGAUCAAGACGCCUUAUCAUCGUUGCAGACGGCUGUCUCAGAGAAGAUGGGAACGCCACAUCGUGGUCUUCCACCACCGUCCGCUAUGACGCUGGGGCCGGAGCCAGUGCGAUCCAUUCCCCCACCACUUUCAACUUCCUUCGCUGGUAUGCCAGAGCCUCCCAGGCAAUGGCAGGGAGCUGAGGAGUCCAUGAAUCGGUGGCUGCUAACGAAGGCGGAGGAGGAGAAGCGAAAGCAGGAAGAAGAAAGAACUCGACAGGAGUCUCUAAGACUCGAACAACGGAGGAUCGAGCAAGGAAUCCUGUUGGAGGCCAUACGAAGCGGUAUUCCGCCGCAUUUGGUGCCCAUUAUCUUUGCCGGAAUCGGGAGCCACAGUGUCGCAAACCUGAGUGUCGAAUGGCUUCAGCAGUACAACAACUCGCUCCACGCUGCGCAGCAGCAGCAGCAGAUCUCUAGCCAAAGCCAGGCGACCGGAUCUCCAGACAAUCGACGUGAACGACUGCUAGCUGGACCGCAGCCGUAUCCACCAUCAGCGCCAAUACCAGGCGCCGCUUCCUCCCAGCAACCACCGGCGGGUCCGUCGAGUGCGCCGUACGGUUAUGGCUCGAAUCCCCUGUCACCCUCAGUGAGAUCGCAGCCGCCCCCAUCAGGGCCAUCGUCGUCCAGUACUCGAGGUCCAUUACAGCAAGUACUUCCUCGGGUGGCACCUGAAGAACAGCGUUCUUCUUCAGCCCACCAAGUGCUGAGUGGAGCGGUACAGCCCGUGCAGAUGCAAAUGGGACAGCCAGAACAGAGCGCGUCAUCACCGGGAGGUGGUAUAUUCUUUCACCAUUGGCAACCACCGUCAUCUCAGUCCGCUGGCGGGAAUCAGCCCCCAACUCCAUCAGAAAACACAAAUUCUCCAAAACGACGAAAGGCACAGGUUCUACAGCCAACAAGCAUGCCCCCAACGUCUGAACCACGCUAUAGUGCGUCCUCUUUCGUCCACGUAACGUCGCCUGUAGGCUCAACGUCUAGCGGGCGUAAGCGACGACUUAGCGACACGUCCACGACCAAUCGACCCGGCCAAGUAACUAGCAGGAAGAACAGGAGUCGAGGGAAUACGGAAAGCAGUGCGGCCAUGCCCGAGGAGGAUCGGCUAGUUUAUCUAGCAACUACCAGCACCAGACCUCGAAGCGAUCACGAAGAUCAUACGACCACGACAAUGUAUCCGGACCCAACUCGCCCGAAAGAGAGCAGCUAGCAAGGGUUCUUACGAACAAAAACAGCUUUGCGACCGCUAACUAAUGGCGAGUAGUUGGAAAAUGUCAAUUCAGAGACUUUUCCAAAAGCGGAGACGUGGUGAUGCGACGCUACGCCUCAUUUCAGCGAUCACUUGAAAAGCCCUCGAAGAUCUUUAGAAUCGGGCAUACAUCUGCAUGAAAGAGCAAGGAGCCCACGAGAAAAAGGUCGAUGACAGAGAGUCAGCUGAAAAAAUUGUUUGCUUCGACAAUGCCGUCAAUGUUGGUCAGUCGCAAGGUUUGGUCUCGCGGACGUGCUUCUUUCAAGCAUGACUUUGCCUAACAUGGCCAAACUUUACUAUUUCAGCGUACGAUCGACGCUUUAAAAUUACAUUGGGCGGGAACGGAAGGCAGAUCCUCUUAAACCAGCUCGUCCACGACCGAGGAUCUCACGAUAUUGUCUUCCCAUGGUCGGAGCGAGAGUCUAUUAAACUAGUCUCUAUACGAAAUUCUGUGCUACCCUUCCUGAAGGCGUAGCAAUAUAGCACAUUAGUGAAGGGAAACGAGACUUGGAGACAACGACCGGCAGCACAAGCCACAGCGCCUUGGAGUUUGUCACUCACGCGCGCCACAAGGCAUUCUCGCAUUCUCAUAACCAGGGUAGUAAGCCUCAAAUUCGGAGACAACUCAUGUCAAAGUUAUUGCUGGUGCGACUUCGAACUACAACUCAAGAUUCUUCAACGAUUUGAGUCUUGAACAAUCAACUGGCAAUAGAAACACGCAAUUUGCGUUUUUGAGGAAUAGGAUUAGGUUGUGUGUGUAUAUGGUAGGAGUGGGCUUUUUGUCUUUUUAUUCCUGCUCAGGGCGUUGGAGUGUAACACGCGAUGUUGCAUGAUUUCCUAGCAGGAGUUGACAACUGCCAACCUCGACGAGCCCAGACGAUGCACUUUGCAAACGUGACAGGCCGCUUCUCGCCCUAUGGAUCUCGCGAUUUCAGCCGAGUCCGAUCGAUCGAUAUUAAAUAUCAAAGACCUAAAAUGGGAUGGGAAGAGUUGGGAUCCUGCAGGAUGGCAUACGAGGAAUGCGCUACUGCAAGUAUUAUGCGGACAAGCUUACCAUUUGGGGCGCAGCUCCGCCCCGUCAUCCUGCCUUGGAGGUGUGGAAGAUGACUCUGCACAUGAGACACUCAUGCUUGAGAGUCGAAAUGGUUUCCUACGGUUGGUCGCAAAGGAUGAUUUACGAAAGUGAGCGAAAUGUCGUUUGUUUUUAAUCCUCUAUUUGGAACGGCUUUUUUUUAUGAUGACCAUGUUGAGCGAGUCGCCUGUCGUUCACGGUUCCAUUUAGAUACUACCUUGGUCAGGACAAUGAGAACUUGAUGGGUAUAGAUCAGUUUUUUCUUGGAUCAUCAAUCAUACCAGGAUGAUGAUUUCAUUAGCAUGCAUUCAGGCACGAAGCAACAUGACAUUCUAGCUUAGAGCCUUCGUGACUUUUUCAAGUAUACGCAUUUGGACCCAGUAGAGACUAUCUGCUAGAUGCGAAUAGAAAACCUCUUGGCAAGCGA